AUGGGGAAGAGUGAUCCCCAUCUAGACAGAUGGCCUUCUUCUGAUGCUGCAAAAGGCUUCAAAGCAGUUUCUGAUGCAGUUCAUGAGUUGGGUUUAAAAUUUGGGAUUCAAGUCGUUGCAGGGAUACACAAACUUGCUGUGGAUAGAAACAAACAGAUUUUGGAUACAAAAACGGGAGGUGCUUAUCAGGAAAAUGGGCGCGUGUUGCAUGCAAAUGACAUAUUGACAGGCACUGCAUGUAGCUAUUCACCUAAUUUCUUGGUUGUGGAUUCAACUUCCAAUGGUGGAAAAGCCUUUUUGAGAUCUGUCUAUGAGCAGUGUGCUUCAUGGGGAGUUGAUUUUGUAAAGCUUGAUUGUGUGUUUGGUGAUCACUUGAACAUGGGUGAAAUACGUACUGUAUCAGAGAUUUUGCAAGGGUUAAACAGAAAGAUAAUAUUUUCUGUGUCUCCUGGAGUCGCUGCAACACCAGAAAUGGGUAGGCAGGCCAGUGAAAUGGUUAACAUGUACCGUGUAACUCCCAAUAACUGGGAUCAAUGGCAAAUUUUGGUGAAUCAUUUUGAAGUGGCAAGGAAUUUCGCUCAGUCUAGGUUGUUGGGAACUGCUGGUUUAAAUGGAAACGCGUGGCCUGAUUUGGAUAUUUUACCAUUUGGUUGGCUUACUGACCCAGAUUCGACUGAAGGUCCACACAGGAAAUCCAAACUCACAAUGACAGAGCAAGAAACUGAGAUGACUUUGUGGAGUAUGGCAAAAUCUCCUCUUAUGUUUGGUGGAGACAUGAAGAAACUUGAUUUCAAGACACAACAACUUCUCUCAAAUCCUACCCUCCUUGAGAUUAACUCUUAUAGUGUAGGCAAUAAGGAGAUUCCGAAUUCUUUUGGCCCUGGAAUUCGAACUUGGUUGGCAAGGGGAAGAAAAGGGGAGAUAUAUGUUGCAAUUUUCAAUCUAAAUGAGAAGGUGGCGAAUACAAAGAUGGAUAUAUCAUACAUAAGAGAAAUGCUUCCUGUGAAGGGGAAUUUCAGCACUUGCACCGGCAGUGAUUUGUGGAGUCCAGUUAAUGAAGUAGCAAAUGGAACAUUAUUAGCAAAUGUUGAAGCACAUGCAUGUGCACUAUUUACCCUCACCUGUCAAUGA